AAUUAUUUUAUCAUUUUAUAGAUUAAAUAUUUAAGUUAGUUUUAACUUUUAUGAAUAAAUUAAUAAUAUUUAACAAAUACUAAUGCUUUUAAUUUGUAUUUUGUAAUUAUUGGUUAUCAACUUAAAUAGUUUAUUUAUCAUCUAUUUUCUGUUGUAGAGUCAAUUAACUAAGUGCUCCAAAUGUAGUAAGGCGAUUAUAAAUAUUCAUUAAUUACUCUUUAUAUCUUAAAAAUCUUAUAUCAUCAAAUUGUAAAUUUUUAUAAAAUAAACAAACUUAUCAAACAAAAAUAUUUAAUUGUAUUCCACAAUUUAAUAAAUGUUGUGUAAAAUGAACAUUUUAAGAAAAUCAUUAAUGAAUGAAAAAUUAUUUAUUAGAAAAUUAGCAACAUUAAAAAACGCAAAUGAACCUACACCCAUGACCGUUUUUGACAGAAAAGCUAAAGUUUUUCAAAAACAAAGAGCAGCAAUAGCUGAAGAUAGUUCAAUUUAUGAAUAUAUUAAAGAAGAAGUUGGAUAUCGUUUAUCAGAUCGCCUCUUUGAUAUAAAACGACAAUUUAAUUUAGUGGUUGAUCUGGGUUGUGGAUAUGGACAUGUAUCAAAACACAUUUCCAUAGAUAAUGUAAAAGAGUUAAUUAUGUGCGAUAUAUGCCAAGAAAUUUUGAAUAAAGCCAAAAAUCCUGAGCCUGAAGUAAAGGUUAGUAAAAUAGUAGUUGACGAAGAGAAAUUACCUUUUGAAAAUGAUAGUAUUGAUUUAAUAAUUAGUUGUUUAAAUCUCCAUUGGGUAAAUAAUUUACCUUCAACUUUUCUACAAAUUAAAAAUUGUUUGAAAAACGAUGGAGUUUUUCUAGGAGCAAUGUUAGCAGGUGACACUUUAUAUGAAUUACGAUCAUCAUUACAAUUGGCAGGCAUCGAACGUGAUGGAGGCGUAGCACCUAGAAUAUCACCUUUUGUCCGUCUUAGGGAUGUGGGAGCAUUAAUGCAAAGUGCUGGAUUUUCUAUGCUAACAUUAGAUACAGAUGAACUAAUUAUUCGUUACCCAUCAAUGUUUGAACUAAUGUGGGAUCUGAAAGGUAUGGGAGAAAAUAAUGCUGUUCUACAACGGCCUUUGCGACUGAACAAGAAUACUAUGUUUGCAGCAGCUACUAUAUAUGAUAAGCUUUACGGAAAUCAAGAUGAUAAUAGCGAUACUAAAGGUAUUCCAGCUACAUUUCAAGUUUUGUAUAUGAUAGGAUGGAAACCAGAUCCAUCACAACCAAAACCAUUAUCUCGAGGCUCAGGACAAAUUUCAAUCAAAGAUAUAGGAGAGCUUGAUAAAAUUGUCAAAAACUUAGGAAAGAUUGAAACAUAAUUUGUAUUUAUUUACUCAAUUAUAAUUAAAUGUGUUAAAAAUGAGUAAAAUUAGUUGUAUACCUUAUGAAAUUAGUUAAAUUUAAUUUUUGAAAAUUAAUCAUUAUGUAAUAAAUAAUAAUAGGUAAUUUAGUACUUUGUACAGCAUUGAUGUGUGAAUAUUUUAUAUAGAAA